CAGCAGCUGAGAUCUGCUUGUCUGUAUUAGAGACAACACCAGACAGCAUCGUAGAAAAUACACAGACGGAAAAUCCCUCCAUUGGACUACUGCUCCAAAAGCAGAGAGUAUUUUGCUGUCAUAGCUGGUGCUGCCUUAACGUCUGUUGAGGCGUCGUGUACAGAUAUUACCAAAAACUUUCAGGGUAGCGUAACUGCAACGAAGUGGAUACGGUCCCGGCGUGUUAAGCAUUGACUCCUUUGACUCGGGCGGCCGCGUCUCGAACAAUUCGAGUUGUCGCGCGAUGUCUACGAAACCGGAUCCUCGUUUACGGACCAUCAAAAUCAAAAGUGGAAUUGUAAAACGAUUGUCCAAAGAGGUGGUGGCCUACGAGAAGGAAUCCGUCCGAGAAGAAGAAAGGCUCGCUAAAAUGAAGCAAGAAGGCCAAGAAGACAGCCGCAUCAAGUUACAGGAAAAAGUUAUCCAAGAAUCACGGAUGAUGAUCCCCGACUGUCGCAAACGACUUCAUGCAGCAUGGGACGAGCUCAAAGUUAUUCUCGACGCGGAGCCGGAUCUGGUGAAUAACGAGGACUUCAUAGCUGCUCGGACAAUUCUUGGUGAAGUUCAGCCGCAGGUGGCACAUUAGAAUGUCAGGUGACAUGGAUCAGUUUGAUACUCCAAUUCUGACAAAGGAAGCACAUUGGCAAAGCCUUGCACAGACGUACCAACUAUCUGUCGCCUGUUUUUGUAGUCCUAUAACGUUUUGAAAUUGAAAGUGCCUACUGCUGCUAACUGAAACAUGUUAAGGUAACAAGCCUACUAUCGAGUUCUGACAAAAAUUGCGAAAAUGUUGUAUGAGUACGUUUUUACUGCAAGUAUUUCUCACUCACAUAUGAAAAGACAAACAAGAAGAAUGAGCGCGGCUGAAUAAUAUCUGUAGCGGGCAGGCAUGUUUAGCUAUUUAUCAUUAUAUAGGUAUAAGUAAGGCGUAAUAAAUGAAUGAGUAUUAAUUUUUCAAAAGCGUGAAACUUGUUAAAACCUUUAUAAAUCAACGCUGUAGCGGUACUUGAAUCAUUGAUUUGCGUUGUUGUACAUGUAUUCCACAUGAACAAUAAGGUUGUCAAGAAUUAUUCGUACCGACAAUAACGAAUUUAAUAAUUGCUAAAUAUUCGUUUUCCUAGUAAACUUAAUUGAUUUCUGUCUUUAAACGAUGUACAUACACCUGCAUGGAAGUAUAUUUAUGAUUUCUGAUGUGGUGCCUGGCAAAAGAUCCAGUGAACGAUAGAAGUAAUGACCGCCUGUUAUAUGUAUAAUUAUAGGCGACAAAUAAAUAAAUUUUCCACAAUAAAAGCGUGCGAUGCAUUCUUGAUAACGUUCUUGUGAACGUACGAGAGAAAUAUCUCAUAGCUACAUACGAAUUAUGUUAGAUAAUAUGCUCAUUUGUUUCUCAGUCAAGGCACAUUUCGGUCGUCAUUGCAAAUAGGGUCCUAUAUAACAGUGCUUAUCGAUUCAUAAGGCAUUCAGAAAAUCACUUAUAUUGCUCACAAACACUGCUAAUAAUCAAGAAAAAAUUCAUAUGCCAGGAUUGCAUAUAUGGAGUUAUUAUCAUUACUCGAAGAAACACGACUUCGUUCGUGGUAUUUCGUUUUUACAGCCUCGACAUAGAAUGACGCCAGGCAUUGUUAUCUAACAACUUGCGCUUUAAGUAAAACACUUGUCAGAGCAAAUCGGGGACUCUUCAAAGUAAGUCAGACAGGCACCUUACACACCAAGCUGAAUCAGGCAUUUUUCAACAGGUAGAAUAAACCACCGUGACCCGUUAAAAGGAAACCAGUUAUAUCCUAUUACGUUAUAAGAGCUAACACUGGAUAAGCAGGGCUUCUCCUGCAAACGUCUACAAUAAGGUUUUUUUGUGAAAAAUCAAGGUGCAACAUCUGUAGGUGUGUUGUCGAUAUGUAUACAUGUUAAGUUACGAAUCAUUAUUAAAAUAGCGUUGCAAAACUAUGUUAAAUGUAUAGGCUUUCGACAUACAAAAACACGAAUGUAACUUAGCUCAUACCAUUUCCUCACUUAUGCUGUGAGUUCAAGCUCUUCUUGCCAUAAUCGGAUACCAUUUUCGCACAUUCCUUCUAACAAAUUAAUCAGGUUAUAAAUCUGUCAUUUUGAUUUUUGACCUUAUGUACAUGUUAAAUUAUUAGAGACAAAUAUAUUUGUACAUUGGCAAACAUCGGUGAAGUCUAGUGGCCUCGCCGUUUCCCUAAUAGAUUUAUUAAUUUCUCGGGCAUAUGUAAUAGCUGGCGCAAUCCCGUUGUGUUGUUAAUAUAACACGUUUUGGACACAGCCCGACAAUGACGGCGUUUUAAUGGUUCUUCUUAAUGAGUCUUGUUGCCGAUUUCACUCAAAAUUGCCCGACUAAAUUUGAAUUCUGUCGGAUUUGCUCUAAAGACUUCGCUGAAAAGCUUCUAAUUUCAUUUGAAAGGUAUCACGUUUAAAGUGACCAUGAUAUAUCAGUCAUAGCAAACUACCUUAAUGCGAUAUUGAAAGGGUUUGUUAUGACCAAGAGUCUCCAUUCGAAGACAAAACUACUUGUUCUUAAGACUGUUGUCUUAAAUAAAAGAUGUGACUACAAACGGUUAAAGCUUGUUACUUGGAAGCAAAUAUAUUCAGAAAGCAUCAGUAAUCCAAUGUAUAUGCUUAUUGAGGCUUGUGCAUCCUGAACAUUGCAUGAAUCGCCUGCAUCAAUUCCUAGGAAAUAGAUGAAGACACUGCUUUAGCAGUGGAAAUAAUCGUUGAUGCAUAAUGAAAUAAUGUAGAAAUAAUACGUCAGCAUAAAUUUCUUGCAUACGGUUAUACACAUGAACUUAUGUCAUGCUUAAAAAGGGAUGCGAAUAACAAUGCAGUAGUUUUCGUCUCUUUUAUUUGCCGAAGCGAGUAAAAAGCUGCUGCCAUUACAUGGACUUACACGAAAGCAGUCGGUAUCUUCUACACUUACACAUAUAAUAUCAUGUCUUAUUUAUUACUAUAGGGUUAGCCCUAUGGUAUCUUUUUGCAAACGUAUUUUUUUUGUAAGAUAUUUUCAUAGAAUUUCAACUAUACAAUCUAUACCUCGACAUAGCUCUUAGAAUACAUCUGAUAUAGUUGUUCCUUAAUGUAAACCAUUUUCAAAGUUCGUGUACAGCAAUUUUAUCCUUACUAUUCUAUUUAGCAGCACAUUUAAAGAAACUUCGUAAUAUGUUAUGAAUAUUUGUACUGACAAAAUAGCAUCAAUGCAAUGGCAUUGCCCAUACUUUUUACUAAUCAUUUUUCAAAGCCUUGUUUGCAGAUAUCUAAAGUUUUCAAAAGCUUUUCAGUAUGUAAACCGUUGAUGAACCCACCCCCGGUUAUUCCAGCAAGCUUACAUAUCAACAUGAAAAAAAUUUUCAGUUUUCAUUUUCGACCUAGAAACGAAUCGUUACCGAAUUCGCGAAUCCUAUAGAGCAGAUUUUAUGAAAUUUGUUCAAUAUUUUUAAGGAUAAUCUUCACAGCAAACUCAUUUUAUGAUUACAGUGAAUAGAAGUAGAAGAAUAGUUAUAGAAGUUGUUAAAGACUUUUAAAGGCAUUUUUACUAGAAAUCAAAGUCCGUGUAAGUACUUUCGAUCAAUCAGUUGUCCUUUAAUGUUAAAGCUGUCAUCGUGUCAACUAUUAGUCAUGUAGUAGGCUCACGAAAAUAUUUUUCAGCUCUGAAAGGUUACAAAAGCAUCGCCGAAGAUAAAAUCAACCUCGAGUUUUCUGGGUUCAAAGAGGAUUGUAAUCCAAAGUAAUAUUUGGUAUAAAAAAUGUGUCUCAUAUAUAUACAUAUGUAAAAUUACUUCAUCCAAGUAUUAUGCUUGCCACUUUUUGUAAAGCCGAAAGAUCAUCUGAGUUAUUCAACGAAUUUAUAGUUACUAGCAAAUACAGCCAUUUCCCCUAAAAUUUGAUUUAUACCACGCGAUUAGCUUUCUUCAUUGUAAUCUCUGCAAUUGCACUAUCGUUAGUCAUUGAACACCUUGCUGCCGACAUGAAACUGAACAUGAAUAAAAUAGCAAACUCCAUUACGCGAAGUUCUUCUCUUACAGGCUACUCGAUUCGAUUCUAUUUUAUGUAUUGUUUGGUCAUGAUGACUGAGGUUACUGUUUUAGGUCUACUUAAAGCUACUUAUAUAAAAGCAAUUUAAAUAUUACGGAAACAAAGAAAUCUGAAUCUCCACAUUGCCCAUGCACGCCAUUGUCAGUCGCGCAGUUCUAGUCACUUAGAUUGAUUACAUAUAAGGGCCUAUUCAUGAUAACUUAUCACGGAGCAACACCUUCUACACAUGGUGGUUGUAUGGUGCUCAGAUAUAUCAAAGAUAGUUUGUUAAAGUUAGGGUGCAGUUCGUUCUAAUAUUUUUUUGCGUAGACGUGAUGUGUGGUUUAGUACGCAGAAAGGAAUCAUGAAGUAGAACAUCUUGUUUUCGUAGUCACGCCUACAUGGAUUGUUUAUACGGCUAUAAGGUUUUUAAAAAUUUAUGCCUUGGACGGUUAUUAAUUUAUGCGUGGACGACGGUUAAUCUUACACUUAGACAAUCAUAUUACAAAUAAUCGACUGCACGCUAGUGGUAGUGGAAACUGUUGUUUCUAGGAAACGGGUUCCUAGGAUAUCCGGUGAAUUGCACGCGAAUAGAUCGAGCACAUUAAACCAAGUGGAAGCCACAAGAUGAUCGUCGUUGACUCGUAAACAAAUCGAAUGGGACUAUCGACGGAAAUAGAAGCUACGCCAAGCAACACUUCUGAGUGUUUUUGAUUCCUCAUCAUUUAUUAAUGACUGUGUGGACAACCAGCUGAGCUUUCAAUUUUCAUUGUCUAACGGUCACAACUGCAGUAAGCAGUCACAUAUUGCAACCAAAAGCUUGUAUCGCCGGAGAGCUCCAUGCCUAGUGUAUGGAAUAGGCAUUGCAGUUGCGGGCCGGUGUCGUAACUGUAGUAGUCAGGUGGAACCCACAAAGAAUGUAAAUCUUGGACAUUUUUUAUUUAGCACUUAGUUAUUGUGUGUAUCUGAACAAGUCCUUAAAAUUGACUUGCCCCACUAAAGCCCUGAUCGCGGUGAAUUUUGCUCGACUUUUCAACAAACCUACGACACGGCAUGACAAGCGACUAUUAACUUAUAAUUUUCCC